UGUACUAAAUUGUUAAAGGUUUCACGACUGCCAGAUUGACAGAUGACGAUGAUCGAGCAAAGCAAAUCAAAGUGUAACGAGCCGAAACCCGAAGACAAUGGAUUCCUUUAUCCAAAUACGCAUUUCGGAACCAGACAUGACCACACCAGAUGUUUUCCAGGUUCGGAAUGGUGGAGAUAUUAACCCUUAACGAUGCAGGUAUUCGCCACCAUUUAAUAGCUGAUCGCAGAAAUAUGAUCUUAUCUUGCAGUUGUGGUGAGAAAUAUAAAUGAAACAAAAUAAAUCUUUCAAAAAAC